CAGUUUUGACUCUGAAUUCGAAAUACGGACACUGGACCCAGAGGGAAUCAUCUUCUUUGGGGACAUUGGGACUGAGAGAAACUGGUUCCUUCUGGCUGUGCACCAGGGCUACCUGAGGGCGCAGACCGUUCAUGAGGACAACCAGGUCAUUGUCUCCACUGGAACGGUCAUCAGCGACGGACAGUGGAAAACGGUGCAGGUGUCCAAGCAGGAGAGGGGCAUCUUCGUUAAUGUGGGAGGGGCCACAGCCGUGAAGAUGGAACAGUCAAGGGAGAGUCAGGUUGUGGAGCUCGGGGGCGGGCUCCUAAGGAUCGCCAUUGGAGCUCUGAUGCCCAAUGGCAUCAUUGAUGUAGGGCUGAAUCCUGCACUGGAUGGCUGUCUGCGCAACUGGGACUGGGUAAAGCAGGACUCGAGCAUUCUGCAGCACCGCGUUCAAGAGUCUGACGCUCAACGGUGUUGGGAGCAUAUUGGCCCUGGGUCCUUCUUUCCUGGAGAGGCUGUGGCUUGCCUGCCACUACAGGUGCUGGAGAACAUGACCUUGGUGCGCGAAAACCCCAACUGGAACUUCACGGUGGGCUUGUCCUUCCACCCAGCCCCUGGCAGCAGGGGGGUCCUCUUUGCCAUUGUAGACCCCCAAAACAAAACUGUUCUCUCAGUAUCCAUAGACAAGGAACUGGUUCUGCACUUUCGGGGGAAGGUGUUGGGCUCAGGAACAUUGUCUUCAAACCCUUGCUCCAUGGGGAGCCACAACCUGGAGCUUCUGGUGAUGGAGAGACAAUUUGCCAUGAAGAUGGGGACAGAGCAGGGUGUGAUGCAGCUGGACCAAGACGACCUGGAGCAUCUGAAAAGCAUUUGGAGCCACUCAGGAAGUCGGCUCUACUUGGGAGGGCAACCUGGGGGCUCGUCCUUCUUCCACGGGUGCCUGCAAGUGAAGAUCCAGGGAACUGUUGUGGACGUGGACCUGGCAGAGGUCAAGCACACAGGCAUCAGGUCCCACAGCUGCCCAUCAACGAUGGAAAUUCGAGACCAAAAUCGUGCCCGGAGCAUGUGAGUGGAGUGGUGUGUGGACCUCAUGGACCUGGAGGGAAUCCCUGCUCCCAAGCAAUCUCACCUGACCAAAUGGCUUUGUAACUGAAAUCCAUGUAAAUGAAUUAUGCUGAAUAUGGGAAGUCACUUCUGUGUGGAUGCGUGAUGCUUAAUGUUGUUCAGAAGCACAGAUCAUCUGAAAUGGACCAUGGGCCAGCAAGAAAAGUGUUUCAUCCAGGUCCAUGUAGUUGCUUGCAGGAACACAAGAUCACAGAAGGAAAUGUGUGACUGGAAAAGACACAUGGGCAGCAGAGAACAUCUGAUCUUAGUUCACACUCAUAUAUUU